AUGGACACGAGGGGAGACAGAGUUGGUUUCAAGCGCAGGGCGCAGCAGGUGUUUAUUGCAAAGGACCACAGGAGGAGGCAGGGCUGUGUGAGGCGGGGCCACAAUAGUGUGGUGGGGAAGGCAGAGCUGGGUGCUGUCGGCCAGCUCCAGGCCGAGAUGCUCCAUUUGGAUCUGAUUGACGAGGCCGAUGGUUACCGCGAUGACAAGGAGUCAUCCAAGGAGCCAUCUUCCACAGCACCCUUGCCAGUAACCGAGUACCCGCCUCUAGUAACCAUGGAUAUAUACCGCCCUAAGAGACCCACAACCCUUAACCUUUUCCCCAUGGUGCCACACACUCAGGACACAUUAAACAACAACUCAUUUGGUAAGAAGUACAGCUGGCAGGAGAAGGUCUCGCGCUCAUCCUCCCCCCUCAAUACAGGUGGGCUGACCUCUCCCCAUGAGCACAGCUGUCUGAGAGACGAGGACAAGCUGCAGCAGGGAGGUGGGACACAGACCAAGGACCGGGGCACAUCCACUGACGCUCCCUGCAAACACAAACACACCUUUGGACACACCCACAGUUCCACAGCGGGGACACGCUCCAAACUGCAGGAGAAGCCCCCAGCAACCCCGCCUCCCCAAAACUACACACCCGCACCUCUGGGCCCCUUAGGGAAGGGUGAGGGGGGUACACACAGAGAGAAUAUUCGCUAUCACACAGACGUACGCCUAGAACCCACCGAGGAGAUCUAUCUGACUCCCGUGCACCGUUCCGAGCAGGACCGCCCAUUCCUGUCCCAGCAGCCAGAGCAUGGACGCAUGUCAAUCAGCUCUGACACAGAAGGCCCACCCCCUUACCAGCCUCUGCCCGAGCAGACCAGCCUCUGCAUUUGUGAGGAGGUCGAGGUGUAUGUGCCCUCUCCCUCCUACGCCUCCUGUGUGGAGGCUCUCCUCACCCCUCCCUCUACUGUCCCCCCCACAGAACCCCCAGCCUUAGCCCUGAACCUCAGCCUGAGUGAAGGAGGAGCAGGGGCGGUGGUGAGGGCAGGGGCAGGGGUGGAGUAUGUAGAUGCCGAGGAUGAGACAUUUGGGGGAGAGGGUGAGGCUGAGGAUAAGAGGGUAAGGGAUGUGGUAGGCAGGCGGUAUUUGGGACAUGGCGGCUGUGGUGCCCCCCCAAGGAAUUUAAUGAGUUCAGAAGCAAGUGGUCUGUCUUACGACUCUGUGAAGUACACACUCGUCGUGGACGAGCACAUGCAGCUCAAACUGGUGAGUCUGCAGCAGUGUUACCAAUGUUACAGCGACGACAGCGACUCUGCGACCGUCUACAACAACUGCGUCUCGUCUCCGUAUGAGUCUGCCAUAGUGGAGGAGUAUGAGGAGGAAGAGGAAGAAGUGAAAGAGGACGAGAAGGAAAGAGUGAGAGUGGGAAUGGUGAGGAGAGAAGCCACCGCCUGUCUGUCAGAGGACUACACCCCAGAGGCGAACUUGCACUUCUCUAAGAGGUUCCUCAACAUCUUCAUGAACGGACGGUCACGAUCCUCCAGUGCAAAGUCGUUUGGCUUGUUCUCCUGCUCCAUUAAUGGGGAGGAGAGGGAACAGAGUCACAGAGUCGUCUACAGGUUCGUCCCUCGCCAUAAUGACGAGCUGGAGUUGGAGGUGGAUGACCCUCUACUGGUGGAAGUACAAGCAGAGGAUUACUGGUAUGAAGGCUACAACAUGCGUACAGGCACCCGCGGCAUCUUCCCUGCUUACUACGCCAUAGAGGUCGCCAAGAAGCCAGAGAGCUUCAAAGUGAAGAGCAGUGAAUGGAUAGACAGAUACCACAUGACAUUCCUGGGCUCGGUCCAAGUGCCCUACCACAAAGGCAACGAUGUUCUGUGUGCAGCUAUGCACAAGAUUGCCACCAAUAGGAGUAUAACAGUACAGUAUAACCCACCUUCAUCGUGUAUCCUUGAGAUCAACAUGAAAGGCGUGAAGCUCCUAGUCCAGGAUGACUACUAUGCCUCUGACAGAGGAAACCAGUGCAGCCACUUCUUCCUGUUGAAGAAUGUUUCCUUCUGUGGCUAUCACCCUAAGAACAGCAAGUACUUUGGCUUCAUCACAAAACACCCAGCUGACCAGAGAUUUGCCUGUCAUGUGUUUGUGUCUGAAGAUUCUACUAAACCCCUGGCAGAGUCUGUUGGGAAAGCCUUCCAGUUGUACUAUAAGGAAUUUGUAGAUUACUCCUGUCCAACAGAGGAUAUUUACCUGGAAUAGCACCCGCCUCAACUUCCCCCACAACCCUGUACAUUACAGAUUAUCAUAACAUAAAGUUGCAUGGCGGAGAAAACAUUUCUAACAAAUAUGAACUAAUAUAUCUGACAAAAAUAAGGAGAGGGAGAAAGAAGGAGAGGUAUUGGUGUCUACUGUUUAUCCAAAUAUGUCAAACAGUAUGAAGGUUGAACAAGUAAUUGAUCCAAACAUAGUGGAGACGUUGAAGAGAGGGUUGCAAAAUAUGCAAAAUGGAGUCACUGAUGAGGAAGUUAAUGUGCCUAUGGUGUCCUCAGGCUGUCCACUCAAAGCACAAUGCUCAAAUCAUAGUGACCUGGACUGGAGUAGUCUGAGUCUAAUCUUUGUGGACUUGGAGCUUGAAUCCCAGGUAGAACACUGGGAUUUAUGGACUUGGAGCUUGAAUCCCAGGUAGAACACUGAGCUUUGUGGACUUGGAGCUUGAAUCCCAGGUAGAACACUGGGCUUUGUGGACUUGGAGCUUGAGUCCCAGGUAGAACACUGGGCUUUGUGGACUUGGUGAACCCCAGAAAAAACAGUAGUCACUAAGGUAACAGCAAAUGGAGGUCAGGAAAAAUAAAUCAAUAAAUUAAUGAACCUGCCAUAAAGAUCCUAAUAAAUGACUAGUAUUUGAGUAUUCUAAUCCCUAAUUCUUUGGAAUCUCUAAUGUUGGUGUGAUACAUUGCGUGAGGGAAACUGACUCUGCAUGAGCUAAUGGUGCAGUGUGUAUGGAGAGGGUGAUAAGGCCUCACUGGAGAGUCCUGUGGGCGAAGGUAACUAAUGAUAUAGGAUCAGAUUACCCUACCCCAACCUUUACAAUUGAGGGGAUGACAAAUGAUCUGCCAAAUUAUCAGUGGCUAACUCUGUUAAUUAUUUUCCAUGUGGUUGCUCCCACUAAAACAAAAACAAGUAAGCAUUAGUGUCACACUGUUGACCAGGAAUGUGUCUUUAAUAUGCUGCAAAGCCUUUGGUGUUAUCUCUGGUACAUUGUCAGGACCCUCAAAUAUUACCCUCACAUUAAGGAAUCAAGAGAACAUUUUUAAAAAAAAGGAGAUUCCUACCAAUAAAAGCGCUCAUGUUGUUUUCUGUUCGAAAAUGUUUCCUUUUGUUUGUGCUGAACAUGACCCUAGUUAUUAUUUUAUUUGUGGGAAGAUUGAUUCUUGAUAAAUCAUUAAGGGUACACUCCUUAAUUGAAUUACAGGUUUGUAAUUCCAUGAUCAGGAACAAAGAGGUGGACCACAGAGUUUCCAGUCAACCGCUUUGGCUUGCUUUCAAGGAUGUUUUAGCCUUCUAAUUUGCAGGAGGGGUCACUGUGGACUGCCUCAUAGUUCUUCUCAUGCUCAGUUUCAACAUGAAAUGAGAGUUCAUAUUGAGAGUUCAGAUGGGGUUGCUAUUCAGAUAACUGGGUAUAAGAUAAAGACGCUUACUCAAGCUGUUACCCUGGUAACAUAAAAGGGAAUUACCUCUGACCCUCACAAAAAGGACAUGAAAGGUUUGUAGGAAAUAGGAUGAUGUGUAUGAAAUGGAUGAUGGGAGAUGUAGUUUUAAAGGAAAGCCUAAGUCUAUUACAGAGGUGAUCUGCCUAGGAAGUACAAGGCAGUGGGAGACUGGUGUUACAAGUAAUGCCUCUUUGAAGGAUCAUUGUAGUUAUUACUAUAUCAUUUAGAUAUACCACAUGGUGUGUUGAUAGGAGAGGUUGAAAACAGGCUGUUUUUGCGGAGGAGAUAUCAUGUGUGUUGAGAUAGUAAGACAAGAGUAAAGUAAGACUAGAUCAAGGUUCAACAUAAUAAGAUAGGACCUCACCUCAAAAUGGCCAACCCAUGGCCAGUUCUUUGUUUCUGGAAACAAUGGCCUGGUCUGAAAUCAGCCAAUCGCUCUUACCCAUUUGUUGCUUGUAGAUUCUGAUGGAACCACAAUUAUGCCCUAAGUUCACUGGAAGGCUAGGUGGAUCCAUCCCCAUACUGCUGUCGUGACGUUGUAUUAGUUAAUGUGACAACUGCUGCUCAUCGAAUGAUUAACGGUUUAUAAUUGCGUGAUUAAAUUAAUCAGGCAAUUAUUAACUCAUUAACCUGGGGCACCAUGGGAAAAUUAACUAGAAGAAUAUCGAUUUUACAACAGUCACUAAUUAAUCAAUUUCCUCUACAGUCUCAUUCUGAACAUCGCAUAAUCCGGGAAUCUGCACACAUCGGUGUCCCACCAAUGAGUUCGUACCACACCAAUUUUAGUUGAUUAUUUAUUUACUAGAAAGCUAAAAUGAUAAUAAAAGAUACACAUACACAAAACACAAAACACAGUCUAGGCUAUUGAUUAGAACUUAGUACAACGGGCCAACACACUAUGAUGUGUGUUACCCAAAAUGGGGAUAUGAAAGAGAGAGAAAGGGAGAAAGUACAGAGAGAAAUAUACAUUUGGGUGAAUUUGUCAGCUAUGCUUAUUUUAACCCUAACCUUGCCCCGAACUGCCGCAUUGACAUCAGUCAGAAUAUAAUGAUGUAAUUACGUGUAGAAGGUCUCCGAUGAGUCUCCGUGGACCGUUUAGGCUUCUCAAUGACGAACUUCUCUGGUGCAACUCUCUGGUUGUCCUCACGAUGUCAGUGUCCUUUUUGGCUUAGUGGUCUGAUUUCUCGCCCUUCUUCUGAAAGAGAUCUUCUGAGGACAGCCAGCCCCGUAGCUCAGGGCUCACAGCGUAGGAAUGAAACAGUGUAGAUACGAUUCGAUGGGGAGUGGAGGCCGGGUGUUCCGCCUUGAAUUCAUCCGCUUAGAUGCAGCUACUCCUCUGUAGCACGGAUAGAAUAAGGGUCCUUUGUCUUCAACCAGGAGGAGUAGUAAUAAAUACAAAUAGGUACAAUUUAGCACUGUCCUAGGGCACUAAAUUUAUAGGGCAUUUCAGAAAUAUUUUUAAAUUUGCACAGCUGGAAUAAGGGGUGCAAUACCUAGCGGUGGUGGAAAAGAUGUGGUGUUUCAAUUAAUUAAUACAUUAGAGAUGUGGCAAGUACUUGGUCACUCAUUGGCCAAUCAACGAGCUUCAUGGCAAUAAGAGGGACUGUAAAUGGCUUAUUUUCCAUAUGUAUUUGGACAGUGAAGCUAAAACAUUUUAUUUGGCUCUAUACUCCAGCAUAUAGGAUUUGAGAUCAAAUGUUUUAUUUGAGGGUAUUUUCAUACAUAUCUGUUUUACCAUUUAUAAAUUAAAGCACUUUACAUAUCUAGUCCCUCACAUUUGAAGAAGUCAUGUGUUUGGAUAAAUUCAAGUAUAGUCUAUUAAAGUAAACAGAAGUGUAGAACUUUGUCCAAUAUUCCUUGCAAUCAAUGACUACACCAAGCUUGUGACUACAAACUUAUUGGAUGCAUUUGAAGUUCGUUUUGGUUGUGUUUAUUGAUAUUUACUUAAUUAUUGUAAGUAAGAAUAAAAUAUGUUUCUGAAC